AACGGGAACCCGCAUCGGGUUCCCAGGAACGGGAACCCGCAUCGGGUGCCGGGUUCCCAGGAACAGGAACCCGCCCCGGGUUCCUAAGAAUGAGGAACCCUGUUGCAAAUCGUUCAGAAUAGAAAUUUAGGUGCGGUUCCCAGUUUUUGGGAACCCGGUGUGGGUUCUCGUUCCUGGGAACCCAGGAACCCGGAGAGACUUGUCUCAAAACGAAAGAAAAAGUAUGUGUAUGAACUCUAGUCUGUUCAAAAAUGCACAGAAAUGAAUUUUCAACUGGGUUCCCGUUCCUAGGAACCUGGAGUGACUCGUCUCAAAACGAAAGAAAAAGUAUGUCUAGGAACUCAAGCGCGUUCAAACAUGCACAGAAAUGAAUAACUAAGUGGGUUCCCGUUCCUAGGAACCCGGAACCCGGUGCGGGUUCCCGUUCCCAGGAACGGAAUCCGAAACUGACACCCCUAGAUAUCAUAGACAAGUGCUAGUCGCUGAAUAAAUUCUAGGAUAGGUUUUCUCUGGAUCGGGAUUACACCUAGAUUAGAUUCACUGAGACUAGAAAAAGUCUAAAAAAAAAGAGCUGUCCGCAUAGGCUGUCAUCGUGGAGUUAUGAAUAUCUUAUCGGAUUUUCGACUUAUGGCAAGGCAUUCAUGGAAAAACUAAAAAGAUGAAAUUUUCAUGUGAACUUUUGUUCAUAAAUAGGCUCCUUAGGAUAUCCUAAAAGUUUCUAUCAAACUAAAGAAGAAACCAUCCGUUUUAGCUGGAAUUUUCAUGAGUUUUUAAGAAUCAUAAAACCUAAUAGAUGGUCCGAAAGUUUCCGCACCAAAUGUUUCUUCAUUUUUCGACCGAUUAAGUAUGUCAGUAGAAACUUUCAAAUAAUGGGUUAGAUUCAGAAUUUAUGCUCUGAAUUUUUGUAGGACUCAUAGUUUAGAAGUUAUGAGCGAAUCUUUGGAAGGCUCAAAAAUAAAGUUUGGACGGAAGCAGUUGAAUUAACAGAUCCAAAGAACCAAAAUGUGAUCGUAUGUCUUUUGGAAUUGAUUUUCUGCUCUUUUUCACCAAUCUUUCUCAGCACUAUCUUAUUUCCGUCGUAAAGACGUCCAAUUUAGCUUAGCCCAAGUUCCUUUUCCUUGAUUACAUCGCGUUUUGAAAUUUUUUGGAUCAGCAUCUUGACAACAUACGUCCUUCUCAACAAUAAUAUCCCUUAUUGAAUUCCUUCUAUUAUCAAUUUUUUACACAGUGUCAAGGGCGAGUCCAUUCUUUACAAAGUGAGCUAAGAACUGAGCAUCUUUUCAGAAAUAAUCAAGCUCUUUUUGACAGUCUGGAAAACAGGCAAUUUCGAAAACAUCUCUGUGUCUCUUACUAAAACUCUCAUUACUCAGAGAAGCCUCAUUGUAAAUUAAUGAUCAGGCUAUCAUUUUGUAGAGAAAUGUUUAGUCUUUCUUCGGAGGUAUCUGAAAUAAAUUUUACAUUUACUUUGGACGUUUUUUUGUGCACUGAAACCUGUCCAAACUUUGUUUUUAAGCCUUCCAAAGAUUCGCUCAUAACUCCUAAACUAUGAGUCCAACAAAAAUUCAGAGCAUAAAUUCUGAAUCUAACCCAUUGUUUGAAAGUUUCUACUGACAUACUUAAUCGAUCGAAAAAUAAAGAAACAUUUUGUGCGGAAACUUUCGGACCCCCCGCUAUACAGAGAGUAAACACAUAACUUUCUAAAAUCUUUUUCAUAAAUUUAUUUCCUAAUAAAUUCUUUUAUAUAAUUAAAUUUUCAUUCUAGAAUUUAGCUGAAGCUGAAUAUAUUGUUGCUGUUUAUAUGUAUAUGCGUUUACUUGGUUAUCCAGCUCAGAAAAUUUCUAUAUUAACAACAUAUAAUGGACAAAAAUUUCUUAUACGUGAUGUACUUAAUAAACGUUGUGGAAAAAAUCCUCUUCUUGGACUUCCAAUGAAAGUAACAACUGUUGAUAAAUAUCAAGGUCAACAAAAUGAUUAUAUUCUUCUUUCACUUGUUCGUACAAAAGCUGUUGGUCAUUUACGUGAUGUUCGUCGAUUGGUUGUUGCAAUGUCUCGAGCACGUCUUGGUUUAUAUAUAUUUGGACAAGUUAAUCUAUUUGAAAGCUGUUUUGAAUUAACACCGGCUUUUAAUUUAUUAACAAAACGUCCAAUUAAAUUAUAUUUAUUACCCAAUGAAACAUAUCCAAGCAUGCGUGAGGAAAAACGUGAUCAAUCGAUUGUACAUCAAGCAACUGUUAUGGAAAAUAUGCCACAAAUGGCUGAUUUUGUUUAUAAAUUUUAUAAUCAAAAAUUAAUUGCAUAUCAAGAACAAAAACGCCAAGAAGAAUUAUCUCGUUAUGAUCCUGAACGUGAUCUACCAUAUGAUCCAUUACAACCAUCGAUUCGUGCACCUGAUGAACGUAUUAUUAAUGAAAAUUCAAUAGAUAAUUUAUCAAAUGAACAAAUAAUAAAUGAAAAAAAUUCUACAACAGAAUAUAUUCCAUCACGACAACAACAUCAAGUAUCUGGUACAACAUUUCGACAUGAUCCAAAUAUUGAAAGUUCAACUAUUGAAAAUCGUGAUGAUGAUGAUGAUGAUGAAGAUGUUUAUGAUCCAAAUAAACCGACACUUUUUCAAAAAAUUCAACCACAAACAUCAAAUACAACUGAACAAAUACAAUCAACACCAAUGAACGUUCCAUCAGAUACAACUGCACCAAAGAAAACUCAAAGUGAUGAAGAACCUACUGAUGCAUCGGAAGAUGACUUGAAUAAGGCGGCUAUCUUUCGCAGUGUAUUCCAUCAAGACAAUGAAAUGGAUACAAUCCCAGCAUUGAACGAUGAAAACUAG